AUGAUUGCCGCAGAAGUCCCAUCAUCCCUACCAGCGGGAGACUCGCCAGAUCUCAUUUUGGUCCCCGCCACUCCAGAAGAGCGUCUGGCCACAAUCCGGCUUAACAGUAUCGCCUGGCAAGGCCCCCUGAGCCUCAACGAGUACAUUGCCCGUGAAAAUCACCUCUACGACCAGCGCCUGACCCGCGACGGUCUGACGUGCUGGGUCCUGGUCGACGGCACCGAACCCGCAGGCGAACGCACGAUCCUCAGCUCCUGCGAGUCCUACCAGAAAAAGGCGCUACUCGCGCACGGCGGCCGCGUCGAGGAUGUUGCCACCCACGGCGUGGGCAGCGUCUACUGCCGGCCUGAGUUCCGGGGCAAGGGUUAUGCGAAACGCAUGCUGGAGGAACUGAGCCGGCAGCUGGAUACUUGGCGCAUGGAAAAGGAGCCACGGGGCCGGGCGCUGUUCACCGUUCUGUUUUCGGAUAUCGGGAAGUCGUUCUAUGCCCAGUUUGGCUGGAGGCCUUUCUUGUCAUCGCAUCUGGCGCUGCCGGCGCGGGCAAAGGACGCUGAGGCGAAUGGAGAUGGGCAGAGUAAAGUGAGAGAUCUGCUGGCCCAGGAUGUGGAGACGGCUAUGUGCAGUGAGGCUGUCAUCGCCAAGGAGCGCGAGCAGAUGCGCUUGGCGUCGCAGGAUUCGAUCGUCGCGAAGGUUGCCAUCUUACCGGACUUUGACCACUUUGUCUGGCACUGGGCUCGAGAGGACUUCUUUGUGGAGAAUAAGUUGCCAAAUCGUCCACUGCCGAUGGUCAAGGGGGCGGGCAACGAUGAUGCCCGCGUGUAUUGCACCUGGAACCGCAAUUUUGCCGAAACGCCCGAAGACAAUGUUUUGUAUAUUUUGAGGUGGGUCUACGAUGACCCGACAUCCCCGGAGGAGGAGCAAGUACUAGUCCAGGCGAUGGCUUGCCUAUUACGCCGGGCUCAACAGGAGGCCCAUGAAUGGGGUCUGAGCCAUGUCGAGUUUUGGAAUCCGACGCCACUCUUGCACAAGGCUGUGACAUUGUUAGAUCCCGAGGCUCAGAUCGUGCAUCGCGAGAAGAGUAGCAUUUGUAGCCUGCGCUGGUCCGGCGAGGAGCAAGGGUUGGGCAAGGAGGUGGACUGGUUCCUGAACGAGAAAUUUGCUUGGUGCUGA